CAUUGAAUCCAAAUAAUCGGUUGCAACUAUUAUUUGUUAACAGAGAAAAAGGUAGCUGAUAUUUAUACAAUUUAUAUGAAAAAAAUUCGAGUCUUUUAGAUUUGGUACGUAAUGACUACGGGAAGGUUGGAGGCCAUUUGCGUGACAGGUCUUCUUGCUUGAACUCAAUCCAAUCAGGAUCUCCUAGGACUUGCUCUACACCAAAAAAAGGUAUCUGUCUCCUAUUUUUAUCUACUUAUUUACUUCAUCUCUAGAUCAAACAGGAGGGUUGCAAUGGCAGAUCCUCCUAUCUUCAGCUUCUUCUGCACUUCCAUCAUCGUUCUGUCAUUGCUGCACCUAUCAAGUGCCGCAGACACCCUGACUUCAGUUCAAUCUAUUAGAGAGGGAGAGACAUUAGCUUCCCCAGGCCGAAAGUUUGAGCUUGGUUUCUUCCCUGCCGGAAGCUCAAAAAACAGUUUCCUGGGGAUAUGGUUGGUGGCGAGUCCAGAAACGAUUGUUUGGGUUGCUAACAGAAACAGUCCACUCAUCGAUUCAAAUGGUACUCUGGAAAUAAGCAAUGAAGGUGAACUUGCUCUUCUGAACCGAUCAAAGAGCAUCAUUUGGUCAACGAAUUCAACCAAGGUUCUCCGAAACCCAGUAGCACAGCUCCUUGAUUCUGGUAACCUUGUUCUUAGGGAACGCGACAGUUCAGAUUCUGACUACUCAUGGCAAAGUUUUGAUUACCCAUCAGACACAAUUUUGGUCGGUAUGAUAUGGGGAUGGAACUUUAGGACCGGUUUAGAACAUUAUCUGACUUCCUGGAGAAGCUUAGACGAUCCUUCCCCUGGAGACUAUGUAGGUAAAUACAAAAUCGAUGGUUUACCUCGGCUUGAAAUAGUCCUCAAUGGUUCCAUCAAAGUUUAUCGAUCUGCACCAUGGGAUGGAGUUAACCUCAACGAUAUGUUGAAGGUGUCGACUCCUGUAGCUAGAUCAAUCUUUGUUCACAACGGAACAGGUGCUUAUCUUGCAGUUGAAACUCAAAUGGACAAUAUCACUAUCAAAAUGACAUUAGGCCCCGAUGGUGUUGGACAGGCGCUUUUUCUGAAGAGUGGAAGCACGAAGUGGGAAGUGGUAUUAUCGCUCCCUUACGACACUUGUGACAAAUAUGGAUAUUGUGGCGCUAAUGGCAUGUGCCGAGUUAACCAAAGCCCAAGAUGCCUCUGUUUGCAGGGUUUUAUGCCCAAGUCGCAAGCGGAGUGGGACAUGUUCAAUACAACAGGAGGGUGCACGAGGAAAGUCCCAUUGAAUUGUUCUCGUGGAGAAGGUUUUAUGAAACUUUCGCAGGUUAAAUUACCUGACCUGACAGAUUUCCAGCUAUUCAAGAAUAUGAGCCUUAAGGAGUGUGAGGUUGAGUGUCUAAAGAAUUGUUCCUGCAUGGCUUAUGCUAAUUCAUAUGUUAGAGGACCAGGCUGCUUGCUGUGGUUUGGCAAUCUCAUUGAUAUUAAGGAAAUUGACAUUGUUGGUUAUGACCGAUAUCUUUUCCUACGGCUACCUGCUUCUGAAUUAGAUUCAUUCCGCAAUUCAUCCAAGAAAUUGGUGACUGUCACUGUGGUUUCAGCCAUUUCGGGAUUGCUUAUUGUGGGCACGGCAUUGAGCAUAAUCUGGAAAAGAGGAAUGAAAAGCCGAGGCUUGCCAAGUGGGAUGGACAACAUUGACUUGCCAUUAUACGAUUUUGCUACUGUUUCUGUUGCUACCAACCAUUUUUGUCAAACAAACAAGCUAGGAGAAGGCGGCUUUGGUUCGGUCUACAAGGGAACUCUUUCCACGGGACAAGAAGUAGCAGUAAAAAGGCUAUCAAAAUAUUCGAGACAAGGUCCUGAUGAGUUUAUGAACGAAGUCCUUCUAAUCGCUAGACUUCAGCACCGGAAUCUCGUUGAACUCGUUGGCUGCUGCAUUGAGCGAGAAGAAAGAAUGUUAAUUUAUGAGUACAUGCCAAACAAAAGCUUGGAUUACUUCCUCUUUGAUCAUGACCAAACCUCCUCUUUGGCAUGGAAGAGGCGAUUUGACAUUAUUUUAGGAAUUGCCCGAGGACUUCUCUAUAUCCACCAAGAUUCAAAACUACAAGUGAUCCACAGAGACCUGAAAACAAGUAAUAUUUUGUUAGAUGUUGACAUGAAUCCAAAGAUUUCAGAUUUCGGCCUGGCAAGGAUCUUUCAAGGAGAUGACGCAGAGGCAGAGACGAGAAGAAUAGUUGGUACAUAUGGUUACAUGUCCCCGGAGUAUGCCUUCGAUGGAAAAUUCUCUGUAAAAUCAGACAUUUUUAGCUUUGGCGUGCUUUUGUUAGAGAUAGUAAGUAGCAAAAGGAACAGAGGAUUCCACCAUCCUGAUCAUCAUCACAACCUUCUUGGGCACGCGUGGCUGUUAUGGAGUGAAAGGAGGGCCACGGAACUUAUUGAUGAAUCUGUAUGCGCCUUUUUUGUUGAGUCUCAAGCGGAGAGAUGCAUUCAGGUGGGCUUGUUAUGCGUCCAAAAGUUUCCUGAAGAUAGGCCAACAAUGUCUAGUGUUGUCUUCAUGUUGGCAAACGAAGGAGCAACCUUGCCACUGCCGAAAGAGCCUGGUUUCUUCACCGAAAGAAGUUCAGGCAGUUCAGAUGCAUAUAUAGCUAAGGAUGAAUCCAACACGGUCAAUCUUGUUACGGUCACAUUGCCUGAAGGCCGAUAGAAAUGCCAUGGUGGAUGUCUCUACAGAAUGUGGACCGGUUUUCUCAAGUACAAACGACAGAAGAAGGAUACAAUGUUGUAUAAUUGAAUAACGAAUUUUUGCCAUGGCGUUUUCCUAGACUCUUGGAGAAGAGGGAAUGAUGGCUUAGAGCCACAAAUGAAAGAGAGCAGCAAUACGUUAAUAAAAUAUCUAGUGAUCAUUUGUUCUAGGCCAGUGCCAAUCAAGAGGAAAUGGAGGAAU